AUGAUGCAAAACUGGUAUCAAAAUGGGAGAUACAUGCUAACGCCAAAGGGAACUUACUCAGUUACAAUGAGCUACAAUGCAAUGUUAGGAAGCCUGAGGAAAAUGCAGGAAGUUGAUUUGGUAUGGACUAAAGUAAUGUUACCUAAGCAGAGAUUUAUUGUAUGGCUUGCAAACCAAGAAAGGCUACUAACGAAGGAGAGAUUACUCAGAUUGCAUAUACCAGUUGAUGAUGAAACAUGCUGGUUGUGUGAAGAAGGAAUACUGGAAACUCAACAACACUUGUUUGCUGAGUGUUCAUGGACAAUGGAAGUCAGGAACAAGUUAGUAGCAUGGUCGGGAGUACAAAUGCAGCGGAAUGGAGUAAAACAAACAAUAAAAUGGAUCAAGAGGAGAUCAUGGAGCCAACUAAAGAAAGAGCUGAUCACAGGUAUAUGGGGAGCCAUGAUAUAUCAUAUAUGGCAAGCUAGGAACAGGAAGCAGUUCAGAAAUGUAAGUAUAACUACAAGUUUCAUUGUUGAGCAGAUACAAAAGGAGAUUCGACACAGAGUUGAGGGGAUUUUGGGUACAAAAAGAGUUGUUAGAUGUGCUAGUUUACUUCAAAGAUUAUGUAAUUAG